AAAUGUGCCUAUUAUGGAAACCACACAGGUAAAAUUGAAAUAAAAUUGUUCCUUUGAGACAAGUGACUGUUUAUUUCUGUUUGUUGCCUACAAUCGUGUAAUCUUUCAAAUUGCCAUUUGGCGUUUGUUUCGCAUAUUUCAGGACCCUAAUUCUUUUUAAUUUCGUUCUUCGCAAAUCGCAUUAGAAAAGAAAGCAGAUUAAGGGUUUAGAGCCGUAUUUGAAGCAAAUCGAAAAAGUAAUAGAUUGCUUUCCAUCAAGCCUACUUCUUUGUUUUGAGAAGUGACAUGUUCCCUUCGGGGAACUGACGAGUUAGUAUAAUAGCACUAAUCUGUUUAGCUGCAUCACAAUAAAUUAUUAGCUAGUGAACUAAAGUGAAAAAGAAAACAACCUUGGCACAUUUCUAGUGAUUGAUGAGAUUAUUUGUUCACUUGGCUUUUUGAAUUAUGUUUGUAACUCCUUCUUGACCUUGAUCGUGCGCACUUUAGUGAUAGUUUGCGUCAGAAUCACAUUUCACUGACCAAUUAGCUUUACGACAAAAGUUAUUCGUUUCAACCAUGGUUUAGUGGCCUGAAUGGUAACUGUAGAUCUUUACUUUCUUGGUCACGGUGUUGGUGCUUCUCCGUUUAAAGUAACUGAAAUUUCAAAACCUCUCAGGUUAUACGUCAGUAAAGGAGUUCCACGCAGUUGGCUUUAAGACCAGAACACUUAAUUUUUGUUAAUUGACCAUAUCACAGUUAUUCUUGCAAAUACCUAUAGAUCUCUUGUCUGGGCUAAAUGUGCGUCGUAAAGCGAUUGAGACGUGACAAUUAUUUUCGAUUAAGGUCGCAGACAAAUAGGCGCGAGAAAGUACUUUCCAAGUCAUUAAUUCUUAGCGAAAUUUAAAAGCUUUAAGAGUGUGUCAGAUCUACUGAAAGACCCAGUUGUACUUUGGAAUACAACAAAGAGGUAUUAAUUGGUAAACUCAUCCAUCAUACUCGAAAAGGGGAUUAUUAAAAAAAAGUGCAAACUUUUAAUGAAUGGCAAAGUUUGCUUAAGUAACGUUUAUCGAGAGGUUGGCCACUUCGCCGCUGUGCUUAGAGUGAAAGGACUCGUCAGCUACGAAGUAAACACUAGGACGAUCGAAGACGAAAUAGUCCGGCUCAACCAUGGCCAUGGGAACUUGUAGUAGAGAAUACAAAAGAGCUGUCAUGCGAAAUACAGCAGCAGGAGGUAACUUGCAGAAUAGUUUAGACAGCCUCGAAGAUCAGAAGAAGCGUCUCGUGCGCUCUUUUGAGGAGAAGAAGCUGAAUUUUAUAGAAAAAAAAGGAACACUUCCAAAACUUUUCUCUUCGCUCGGGCAGACUGGAGGAAUGGAGCGCAGCAAACGUAGUCAACUCACGAAACAGCUUUCAGAUAGUUCUGCGUUAAAUGAGUCUCGUGAAAGGAGAUUGAAGGAAACAUUCUCAUCUACGAACGACAUGGUGAAUUUUAACAAGCAAAACCAUCAAAUAUCAAAUACUGCAGCAGAGCAAGACGACACUCUGUUGCCGCCUGCCAUAGGAUCCAGUGCACGACUACAAUACUCUGCGGGGCGAAGGAGACACAGCGAUAACCUCUCGAGCGAGAAGCCGAAAACACCAUUAGCACCAACCCUCUCGUUACCAUCAGAAUCAACAGAAUGGAAAGAGGAGCAGGAGGCAUAUGGCUCCGACCCAGAGCUGGGUACAUUCAAGACCAGAUUAAGAGUUCCAGCUCCUUACACAAGUCUGGGGACGCAGUUGCCACUUUCACCACUUCUACAAAGGAAGGCCUCACGCCCCUCCAAGCCUCAGUUAAGUCCUUUAGACGUGGCAGCAGAAAGGCAAUGUGUAUCGCUGCCUGCCUCUCCCCGUUUUCAGCGCCGACGUGCAGAGAGCUGGGAUCAGGCAAAAAGCCAAGAGUUGAGGUUAAAUGACCUUGCGGAGUUCUCGAGCGAAGGACCGAAACUUCGCUCGAUGAGCUUGGCUUGUGAGAAAAUUGAAAGCGGCAAACAGGAUGUAGGGAAGCUGCCACCGCGUGUACCAGCGUCACCACAAAUUUCCCCACGAAGACAGCGCGGUUUUCAACCUCUCGGGGCUGACCAAUUACAGUCUUCUCCUCAAGAGGGUUCAUUUAUUUUACCAAAACUGGAAGCACGAGGUUCAUUAUCUAGUAUGUUGGACGAAAAUGGGAAAGAGAGAGUCCAGAGGCGAGUGUUCAGUCUAGUGGCAGAUAAUGCUACAAGAGAAACAUCCCCGCGGAGAGAAGCACUCGAACUACAAAAUUUGUCUCCCAGGACAGAAAGAAAGCUCAGGAACUUCUUAAAUUCCGAGAACGGAUGGCUAACCGGGUUUUCCUCUAAGCAUGAGGGGCUUGAAGAUAUAGUGGAAGAUGGCAAAGGCCUACAAAGACCAGAAGCAGAAGACGAGGAGUGUACUUGGAACAGCGAUAUUGAUGACGAUGAUGACGAAACAAUUGGUCAAAAGAAGAUUCAUUCACUGGAGGAGAUUAAACACACGCGUUAUCUGCGCAUGAAGUCACCAGUUCAUUGGCUACCGAAAAUGGGAAAUGUGCCAAAGCAUUUGCUUUCGUCGUCAAUUAUUGUAGGACACACGAAAGUAGGUUUCGAAUCAAUUUCCCGACCUCAGAGAGAUAAAGAUGUCGAUGACCUUGAUGAGAGCGUGAGCUGUGAUGAAAUAGAAAACAGCGAGGAGGGGAAUGAAACUGAUGGAGAAUCCAAACUGGAGCAAAAGAAAAACGAAAACAACAUUGAAACUUACUGGGAUAAUUCAGAGCUUAAGGAGAACUCAACUAGCGGUUGCAAUUAGUGUUGCUCAGGCUGGAUGAAGGGUUUCUUUCAUACAUCGCACACCCUACGGGCUACCUGUAACACAGCAGUCAAACAUCGGGCAUGCGCAAGGAAUCAUUUCUGACCGGCUGCGCGCCAAUUUCCCAAUUUCAAAGGAGAACAAUUUUCAGAAAUAGCUAAAGAAAACUGAAAAGUUCAUAGAAAUCUGUAAAAGGAAGCAAUAGUACGGAAAAGGAAAACUCGAGACAUCGAACCCAAAGCUUAAUCCGGCAGGGGUAUACUGUUGAUUUACGAUUCUGUUUUGAUCUUUACCGAAAAAGUUCUACCAAGCUAUUUUGCACAUGUACAGAUGUUUGACCGCUGUGUUGCCCUCUGCGCACUCAGUCAGGUACUAAGCAACCAAUCUGAAUCAGACUUUCUUGGAUAUAAACAAAAACCAAUAGUACACUUGUUUCUUGAAUGAACAUAUAUGUUCAACACCAAUAAGUGCACUUUUACUCAGAA